AUGAAUAGCGAUAAAAAAUCAUCGAGUCUUCCGUAUUCAACUGCACAACGGAUGCCUUCCUCAAGGACUUCGACUGCUGCUAAUACGAUCUCUUCAUCAAAAAGUUCAGAAACAGUACCAAAGUCCUCGUCUACCCUUCGGGUUAUUAAUCAAGAUGAACUUCAUGAACUUCGUAGUCUAUUCGAACAACGAAAGGGAUCUCAAUACUUCAUUCCUGAUGGAUAUGAACCAAUUUUAAUUCCACGCGAUUCGCAACUACAAGUGGCAACCCUUUUACAAAAUAAUAAAGGCUUACAACAACAACGUUCUCUACAAAAACAACAUUUAAAAAUUCAACAAGCCAACCAAAAUUCGGCAGCGCCGGGUGUCGUCGUUGUUAAUAAAACUUUAACUCAACUAGUUUCACCUAUAAAUUGUAAUAUGAGUUCUAUUUCACCCGACGUUAGGUUUCCUCAUUUAGUGUUGGCUCGUGCUACAGCACCGACUCCGCGGGGCGGAGCGGUUACUAAAGCAACUAAGCCUAAGAAACCUCCAAGACCUCCAAACGCAUUUAUCCUUUAUAGGCGUUCUAAACAACAAGCUAUAGUUGCAGCAAAUGAAGGAAUUUCAAAUAAUGAAGUGUCAAAGCAAGUUGGGGAAAUGUGGCACAAAGAACCCAUUGAAGAGAAAAUGAAGUUUCAACGACAAGCCGACGCGGCAAAAUUGGAACAUAUGCGAAAAUAUCCUGAAUACAAAUAUCGUCCUAGAAGACCUCAUGAAAAACGUCGUCGAACAAAGAGUAACAUAAAUAAAAACGAAAAUGAUAAUUUAAACGUAUCUAAUCCUUUAACGACAAAUGAUGAUUCAAAUAAUAAUUUAUUAUUUCAACAUCAAUUAAAUCAAUCGAUCGAUCAAAAUACUCCAACAGAUACCAUAAAUACUCUUGAUACUGGAUUUGAAUAUUAUGAAGAUGAAUCUCGUCGAAAUUCAAUACUAUCAGCUCAAGAUAUAAACGAAAUUGAUUAUGAAGAAUUUAAUUAUGAUCAAAUGUCAGUUUAUGAUAAUGUAUCUACUAUGGUAGAAGAACCUAAUCAAACUCAAUACACGAUAAAUUCAUGUUCUCCAUCAACAUCACCAAACGAAUACGUACGUGUCGAUACCACAACCUCUUUUGACUUUAUGAUGGAAGAAGUUCAACCCAUACGAUUUUAUGAUCCAAUCAAAUAUUGA